AUGGGGAAAGAUCUGAGCGACGAUCAGAUUUCAUCGAUGAAGGAGGCCUUCACCCUGUUCGACACCGACGGCGACGGCAAGAUUGCUCCGUCGGAGCUCGGGAUCCUGAUGCGUUCUCUCGGCGGAAACCCUACCCAGGCCCAGCUGAAGUCCAUAAUCACCGAGGAGAAGCUCAGCGCGCCGUUCGAUUUUCAGCGGUUCCUCGAUCUGAUGUCCAAGCACCUCAAGCCGGAGCCGUUCGAUCGCCAGCUGCGCGACGCGUUCAAGGUGCUCGACAAGGAUGGCACCGGCUACGUCGUGGUAUCGGAUCUUAGGCACAUCCUCACCAGCAUCGGGGAGAAGCUGGAGCCGGCAGAGUUUGACGAGUGGAUCCGCGAGGUGGACGUCGGGUCCGAUGGCAAGAUCCGGUACGAGGAUUUCAUCGCGCGCAUGGUCGCCAAGUCAUGUCAGUUGGUUUCUGCAGCACAAGAAUCGAUUGCAACGGAUUAUGUUACUUAUAAGAUCACUGUACCAUCUAAGAAUAGAAUAGGUUUUCCAAUUUCUGGUUGUGCUGUUCGUUUGCUUGAAGUGAGAAUCCGUGUUUUUCUUUAUUCCUUUACUAUUCCGAUAUUUCUAGUCUGUAACUUUAUGCACAAUUAUGGUCCUCAAGUUGAAGCCACUACAUCAAAAACCCUACUGGACAACCAAAGUCCUUCGUUCUCAGCCGCAACCGAGCCUUCAUACGCACAGAGCUGCGCCACCUCCUCCUCCGCCGCCGCCAUGGGUCGUAUGCACAGCCGCGGUAAGGGCAUUUCAGCCUCAGCCCUUCCCUACAAAAGGACACCCCCCACUUGGCUCAAAACCUCCUCUCAAGAUGUUGAGGAGAAUAUCUGCAAAUUUGCGAAGAAGGGUUUGACGCCUUCACAGAUCGGCGUGAUUCUUCGUGAUUCUCAUGGUAUUGCUCAGGUGAAGAGCGUUACAGGAAGCAAGAUCCUCCGCAUUCUGAAGGCUCACGGUCUGGCGCCGGAGAUUCCAGAGGAUUUGUAUCACUUGAUAAAGAAAGCAGUUGCGAUCAGGAAGCACUUGGAGAGGAACAGGAAGGACAAGGACUCCAAAUUCAGGUUGAUUUUGGUGGAGAGCAGGAUUCAUCGCCUCGCCCGUUACUACAAGAAGACCAAGAAGCUCCCUCCUGUCUGGAAAUACGAGUCAACCACUGCUAGCACUCUCGUGGCAUAAGGCUGGUUUCCUGGAGCAUUGGCUCGUGGAGCACUGGAGAAUAUGGAUUGUCGUGGUCAAUAUAUGUGGGCAAUUUCUCGUAAUUUGGAAAUUUUAUUUUUCAUCUGACCAUGACUUUAAAGGGGACGACAAUUUUUUAUCUCAUUUUUUGCUUUUGUGAUUUUGUUUCCCUCUUAAGAAUACUAUCAUUAAACAUGUUAAAUCAGAAGCUUUGGCAUUUGAACAUAAAUGGUUUGUUCACUUCAAAACUAAACGAGUUGGGUUUUAUGGAGAUUAUGAAGGUGGAGAAAAGUUGUUUCAUAAAUAUGGGAAUUAAUUUUGAGCAUAUAUGGACUAAGAUAUUUAGCACCCUACAUAAGAAGAGAGCAAGGUUGUCCAUAGGAAACUAAUAAGUCUAUUAUGCAGAAUAGUUGGUCCUUGUUUUUAUGUGUCUCAAAGGCCGAAAUUAUACAUACAAAAAGUAAUAGUUAUCAUAAGUUAUCAUCACUUAGAGGACGGCUAAGGGCGUGGGUAAAUGACAUGCAUUCACAUGCAAUAUCUUGCAUUUUGAUGAUGUAUUGGCUGGGCGUUUUAUCAGGAACAAGCAGAGGAACUUUGAGAAGAAGGAAUAAGGAUAGACGUGGAUCGACAUCCCAGUGUACAUAUGGAUUGUCGUCCACUUAUAG